GAUGGCGGGCCUGAGCCUGUGUCCUGUGCUCACUGUCUUCGCUUUGACUGGAUUCGGCCUCGGCCUCGGCCUGGGCCUGGCCGCCCGCGCCGACGAUAUCGUGGUUGGUUGCGGCGGCUUCGUGAAAUCCGACGUGGAGAUUAAUUACUCGUUGAUUGAGAUUAAAUUGUACACAAAGCAAGGCACACUGAAAUACCAGACUGACUGUGCACCCAACAAUGGUUAUUUCAUGAUUCCACUGUAUGAUAAGGGAGAUUUCAUUUUAAAGAUUGAGCCACCUCUUGGCUGGAGCUUUGAACCUACAAAUGUGGAUCUUCACAUUGAUGGUAUUAAUGACAUUUGCACCAAAGGAGAGGAUAUCAAUUUUGUCUUCACCGGAUUUUCUGUCUCUGGAAAGGUUUUAAGCAAAGGUCACACCUCAGGGCCUGCUGGGGUUCAUGUUACCUUAAAGAAAGUUGGAACAGAUGUUGACCAGACUUCAUUGACUCAAACUGGAGGAAAAUAUGUAUUUACAAAGGUGCUGCCUGGUGACUAUGAAAUCUUUGCAUCCCACCCCACCUGGACUCUACAGAAAGCAUCUACCUCAGUACAGGUGCUGAAUUCUAAUGCAAAUACACUUGAUUCGCUUAUCGUUGCUGGGUAUGAGGUUUUGGGUUCUGUGCGUAGUGAUGGAGAGCCAAUGAAAGGUGUAGUGUUCCUACUAUUUUCGUCGUCAGUCACCAAGCAAGAUACCUUUGGCUGUAAUUUUUCUCCAGUUGAAGGAUUUCAAACAGCAGAGGAAGCCUCGUCUUUUCUGUGCAGCGUUGUUUCAGGAGAAGAUGGAUCGUUCAUUUUCCCAUCCCUCCCCAGUGGAGAAUAUACAGUGGUACCAUUCUACAGAGGUGAAAGAAUCACAUUCGAUGUGGCCCCAUCAAGACUCGAUUUCUCUGUGGCACAUAACAGUUUAAGGAUUGAGCCUGUCUUUCGAGUGAUGGGAUUCUCUGUUACUGGCCGAGUUUUGGAUGGGCCAAAUGGACGAGGAGUUCAUCAUGCUACUGUUAUCCUCAGCAACCAAAUCAAAGUAACCACAAAGGCUGACGGCUCAUUCAGACUUGAAAACAUGACAGCCGGCACAUACACCAUUAAUACACAGAAGGAGCACAUCUUCUUUGAGCCAGUAACUGUGAAAAUUGCCCCAAAUACUCCUCAAUUGGCAGAUAUCAUAGCUACAAGCUUUAGUGUCUGUGGGCAAGUAGCUGUCAAGCGGUUCCCUGAAGGAUUAAAACCAAUCAUCAAAUAUAAAUUAGCAAUGGUCGCUCAAAGUAAGGAUAAAGCUUCACCAGUUAUAACAGAAACGGAUUCCCAUGGAUUGUUCUGUUUCCAAGCAAAAGCAGGGACCUAUAUCAUUCAGGUGAUGGUCAGCGAGAUUGAAGCAAAAGCAGGACUUGCACUGAAACCGAAGUUUCAACCUGUCACAGUUACUGAUGCACCCAUAAUGGAUCUAUCCUUCACCCAGUUUAUGGCAUCUGUGACUGGGAAAGUACUCUGUUUGGAUUCCUGCAGCGAUCUUGCUGUGACCCUUCAAACUUUGAGUCGUCAUAGUGACAAACAAAGCAUGCAGCUCUCUGGAGGUGCAGACUCCGCCUCGUUCACUUUUAAUAAUAUUUUGCCUGGAAAAUACAAGGUGAACAUUGUCCAUGAAGAAUGGUGCUGGAAAAACCGCUCGUUUGAGUUGGAGGUUGUGGAUCAAGAUUUGACUGGGAUCGAAUUUAGACAGACAGGUUACAUGCUCCGAUGCUCACUCUCACAUGCAAUCACACUGGAAUUUUACCAGGAUGGAAGUUGCCCAGAAAAUGUUGGUGUAUACAACCUCACAAAAGGCGUGAAUAGAUUUUGCCUUUCUAAACCAGGUGUCUAUAAAGUGACUCCUCGUUCCUGCCAUCAGUUUGAACAUGAGCAUUACAUCUAUGAUACAGCGGCCCCUACCAUUCUAACCUUAACAGCAAUUCGACAUCGUGCAUUAGGUGCUAUAGUGACAGACAAAUUGAUGGAUGUAACAGUUACUAUCAGGUCUUCUAUUGACAGUGAGCCAGCUUUAGUACUAGGCCCUCUGAAAUCCGUUCAGGAGCAGCGGCAGGAACAGCAGCUGGCAGAAAUAGAGGCUCGCCGACUGGAGCGUGAGAAGAAGGGUCAAAAGGAAGUGGAGGGAGAGCCGCCUGCCCAGGAAAUUGUGGAGGAGCUUGAAGGACCUUUUCUUUAUGAAUUUUCAUACUGGGCAAGAGCUGGAGAAAAGAUUACAGUCACACCCUCAUCAAAGGAACUUCUCUUCUACCCUCCAUCAGUGGAGGCUGUCAUUACUGGAGAUAGUUGUCCAGGAAAACUAAUAGAGAUUCAAGGAAAAGUUGGACUAUUUCUGGAAGGACAGAUAUACCCGGCCUUAGAGGGUGUUGAGAUUAUUAUCACUGAGAAAACCUCAACACCACUCAUCACUGUAUUCACUAAUGAAGAGGGGUCAUACAGAGUUGGACCAUUGCAUAGAGACCAGGAGUAUUCUGUAACUGCCCAAAAGGAAGGUUUUGUUUUGACUGCAUUAAAGGGAACAGUUGGCGAUUUUAAAGCGUUUGCAUUGGCAGGAGUUACUUUUGAGAUAAAAACUGAAGAUGAUCAACCCCUUGCCGGAGUUCUUUUAUCCCUUAGUGGAGGACAAUUCCGUUCUAACCUGCUGACCCAAGAGAAUGGCAUGCUCACUUUUGCAAACCUGAGUCCUGGUCAGUAUUACUUCAAACCCAUGAUGAAGGAGUUUCGCUUUGAGCCUGCAUCACAAAUGAUCGAGAUACAAGAAGGACAAACUCUUAAAAUCAAGAUUACGGGCUAUCGGACUGCCUACAGCGGUCAUGGAACAGUAUCCUCUUUAAAUGGGGAACCUGAGCAAGGAAUUGCGGUGGAAGCUGUUGGCCAGAAUGAUUGUAGCAUUUAUGGAGAGGAUACAGUGACUGAUGAAGAUGGAAAAUUCCGUCUCCGUGGUCUAUUGCCCAAUUGUGUGUACCAUAUUCAGCUGAAAGUUGAAGGCAAUGACCACAUAGAGAGAGCACUACCCCAGUAUCGUGCUGUCAAGGUUGACAGCAGUGAUAUUGAAGGUGUGAAUAUUCUAGCAUUCCGACAGAUUAAUCAGUUUGAUUUAAGUGGCAAUGUUAUCACCUCACCUGAACACCUUUCUACUUUACGGGUGGUGCUGUAUAAAAGUGAAAACCUGGAUAACCCCAUUCAAACGGUAUCGCUGGGACAGUCACUUUUUUUCCAUUUCCCACCAUUGUUAAGAGAUGGCGAGAACUAUGUAGUGGCCUUGGAGUCGACUUUGCCCAAGUCACUGUAUGAGUACAUCUUACCUCAAAUAUCCUUUAGUGCAACUGGCUACCAUAAACACAUUACCCUUAUGUUCAGCCCUUCGAGAAGGCUUGCUGAGCAGGAUGUGGCCCAGGGAUCGUACAUUGCCUUGCCUCUUACUCUGCUCCUGCUUCUGGCUGGUUACAAUCACGACAAGCUGAUCCCGUUGCUAACGCAGUUGAUAAAUCGCUUACAGGGUGUGAGGGCACUCAGUCAGGGUGGUUUAGAUGGUGCAAGCCAGGAGGAUGCAAAGAGACAAGCCAAAAGGCUAAAGACCAGACGCACAUGAAUACGUGUGAAGACCAGACGCACAUGAAUACGUGUAAAAACCAGACGCACAUGAAUACUUGUGAAUGAACUGGCUGAGUUUUAUGUCAGAUCUGCACAUCUAUAAGGUCUGUCAUUCAUUAUCCGGUUUGUUUAGUUCACCUACCCUCCAGGAUUGUUAAUUGUUCGUCAUUACAAGUUUCGAGUCUGGACUUUUACUGCUAACCUCUGCUGAUUUGAACUAAAAUUUGUUUUAUGUUAAAAUUUGGGAUUACAUAUGUAUGUUUUUGAUCCAUGAUCGGGAUUUAAAGAUUUGAGAAACACGUUAGUUGGGCUGAAUUUUGAUCAGAAAAGAUGUUAAUUUAUUUUCAUUGUUGUUCAAACUCACUCGAAAAGCAAAGCCAUUGCCAUGCAAUCAAUGAUGCCUGUUUUAUAAUGUACUGUAUAUUUGAACUGAGCCAUUUUGAUAUGUGGUAAAAUGUGAGUGUUUGACAAACA